AUUAAUCAUUUACGAACUUGCCAUCUACCACCAUUAUAUUUCAUACAACCCAUUGAGGAAUUUUUAAAGGGUAUCUUUUCAAGAGAUCUAUUUGAAUAUAAACAGAAUAUUAAUAGAAAACUUGAUCAGUAGAUAGCUGUUAAAGAAUUUGUCUUCCGGCUUAGAAUAAACGUUCCGACACUCAUAUCUAAUACGGUUCUUCGUCUACAUAAACGACAGAUUUUCUUGCUUUUUCUCUUUAUUUGUAUUUAGGAAAAAGCUGUAGAGUUAGAAGGAAUUUCUUUUUCUUAUUUUCUCUACUCCAAAUUACGUAUUCUACGUUGCUCGAUUCUCCUGUUUUCAGAUUUCCUUUUCGUUUCCUGCCAAAAUGAAGUUGUUUGGUGCUAUUUUUCUAGUUAGCUUUUUCCCUUAUUUCAUUACAGCCAGUUCUUGGUUUUCCUCAUCAAAGUUUAAUCCAGUCGAUGAGGAUUUGACCGUUAAAGGAAACAAGAUUCCUGGAGCUAAUCCCGCUAGCUAUUGCUCGGAUUGGGACCGUGGAAACGACCAUGUUACAAUUGACUACAUUAAUCUUCUUCCAAAUCCUCCUAAAGCCGGUAAAAACCUUACAAUCCAGGGCCAAGUGGACGUUGGCACGACGGUCCUCAAUGGAAGCUAUGUUGAAAUCGUCGUCAAAUAUGGAUUUGUCCCUAUUGUAAGAGAGCGUCUGGAUAUUUGUGAACAAGCGUAUGAAUUGGCGGCUGUUGAAUGCCCAGUAGAAGCUGGUGUCAUUAAGAAAGAAGCCACUAUUCCAUUACCUUGGGCUAUUCCUCCAGGACGUUAUUAUGUUGUUGCCAAGGCUUACAAUGCUAACGAUGAACAACUUACCUGUGUUUCAGCUACAGUUUCCUUCAGUCAUUUCGGCUUCCAGUUGAUUGAUCAGGACUAGGUUUCGGGCAUUUCAAAGGGUUUCCAAUAUUUAUGACUUUAAACCUUUCAAAACUUAUAAUGUUUGAUGCUUUGAUGUAUCCGUUCCGUUCUUCAUUACGUUUGCUUAUUUUUAUGGUUAUAUAUAUAUUCUAUUUGCGCACAACUUACUUCAAUACUACUUUCAGUAUUUAAUGAAUUCUCUUUUUCUUGAUA